AUGCACGCUCCGCAUGUCGGACACGGUCACAAGACUGGCGAGGUGGUGCUCAACCGUUUCGGCCCAGACGACGACACCUGCACAACCACAAUCCGCUAUCACGCCCGGGACUUUCACGUCGAGAUAUCCCCGGCCUACUUCCGCAACUCCCCAGCGGUAACUUCGCAGUACCGCGCUUUUCUCGCCGCAGCCCAACAAGACACGGAAACAGACGAACACGACGACGACGAGAACCCCAUCAUCACACAAUUCCACACCCACCUCCUCACCCUCUUCCAGCCCCUCCUCUCCCAAAUUGCUCCAGAUCUCCCGCCCGCGUUUGACCCGCAAAAGCUUGCCUCCGGCGCCGUCCAGCCCCUACUGUCGGACUACCUUUUCCCAGAGGAAUACCACUGCCGACUGGAAGCGACGAAUGACACCCCGAAACCUGUACUCUCUCAGACACCACCCGCGACUUCGUCUGCGGCUAAUAACCCCGAUUUCGUCACCGUCAAUAACCCGGCCUUGCUCUCCGCGCUAGCCCAGCACGUGCCCUUCCUCCAUCCUUCAGCUGUGCAGGUAUCGUUUCGCCAUCCCAGCUAUGGGAAUGGAAGUGGGAGGGGCUCAGGGACAAGCGGAUCCAAAUUCCCAACCCAAAUGCUUGUCGACCUAACCGGGUCAGGAACAAAAACAGUCUGUUUCCUCAAAACCUUCUCCUCCGACCAAAAUCAGGACGACGACGACGACGACAACGAAGGGCAGCAACAAAAAGCAGAGCGUAUGACACAGGCUUUACAACGACACUUGCGCAUUCUGGAGUCGCGGGGUCGGACGGCGGAUGUGGGUGUGCCGAGGUUGUUGGGGGUUGUGGCUGUUGAUGGGGUGUAUGUGGCGGGGUUGUUGGUUGCUUAUAUCUCGCCGUCGUCGUCGUCAUCACAGUCACAGACACUGCCGCCAUCUCCGCCACCUUCGUCACCUCCUAGUGUUGGUCACUCGGGGAAAUGA